AUGACGACGAAAAAGUCUCCGCUGUUCUUCUUUCUCCUCUUCGUUUUCGUGGGGGUUCUUCUUCCUGUCGUGAGCGCUGACGAUGGAACGACGAUCGACGACGAGGAAAAUGGAUUUUUCGUCGUCCCGGUACCACCGCCGAUUCCGAGCGACUUCGACGGCGACGUGUACGAGCACCCGGAGAGGACGACAGAAGAGAAGGAAAACUUUGUUAAAGCGGCAUCCGGAGCGAGAGGGAGAAGAAGAGAAGACGAGGACGACGGAAACGAUAAAAUUCCGCUUUUGACGAAUUCUGCUUUGUAUUACGAGAAACAAGAGAAACAACGAGAACGAAGAGUAAUGAAAAAUGUUUUAAGAAACGCGAAAAGUGCGCUCGAGAACGCGAAGAAUGGGAAGACGAGCGAAUUAGAGAGGAAUUUAGAGACGUUAGGAAACUAUUUGGAGGAUAUGGAGAGUGUUUUAAGUGGUGGGAAAGGAGACGGCGUUGUUCGUAAAGACGACGUAAACGACGACGACAUCGGUGAUAAUGGUGGUGGUGGUGGUGCGUACUCCUCAGACCUCCUAUCGCGGAAGAGUUCCGCCACUGGGAGUAAGUACCACCGAGACAGUAACGAAGAAAACGCGAAAAAACGACUGAUGAGAUUGGCGUCGGUGCAGAAAUUUCCGCAUCCGAUAACGUCGGUAAAAUUUACCAGACACCGCGAGCGAGAUUUGAAGAUGGAAAUUUACGACAACAAUAAAAGUGAAAGAGUUGAUGAUGAAACAAAUACGAUGAGAACGAAGAGUAGAACGAUGAUGAAAGUUAUGGCUCGAGUGGACGAUAUCGUGCCGAAGAUUGCGCUCGUUGGAGACGAGAAAGGCACGCUGUUCGCGUUGGAUGUGAAAUCUGGUGAGAUUUUAUGUAAAUACGACCUCGAAAAGAGUGGCAGAAAUGCCAUCACGACGAUCGAAUCUUACGCAGUCGCUGACGACAGUAGUGAUGAUGAUAGCAGUAAAAAUAAAGGUAGUAAAAAGAGUAAAAGUGGUGAAAAAGUGGUCGAUACGAGAAUCAUCCUGGGACGCGCCGACGGUUCGGUAACGUUUUUGACCAUGCGCUUAGAAGAGGACGGCGAUGAAAAUAAUGGUACUACCGCGUCUUUGACGCAUUUUGGAACGAUCACGCCGAAGACGAUGACGGAAACUACGAGCAACGAGAAGAAAGGCUCCACCUCGGAAGCGUUGUCGCAAAGGCGCGAAAAAGAAAACCAGGGACGAGAUGUCGCCGUUGUCGCCACGCAUGUCGCGGUGCUUCACAACGGCGAACGCCGAGUCAUCGUCGCGAACGGUAAAAGUACGGUUACGAUUAUAAAAGAAGCCGCCAAAGAUACCAACGACGACGCGAAGAAGGUGAUUUUGGGCGAAGAUUUGACGUAUACCUCGGAACAAAUGAAUACGCGCGGACGAAUCAUGUCUUUUCAAUCCGUGCUGCUCUCAAAGACGAAACGCAAGAGAUUGCGACAACAAAAACAACAUCGAGAAAAAACGGAUAUCAUGGCGAUAACCUCUCGCGGUGAAAUUGUCAUCCUUUCGUUAUCGCUCUCGUCAGAGCUUUCCAGUUUCGAAGUCGUUUCGUGCACCACACCUGGUAGUCACGCGCGAACACCUUUCGAGACGGUGAGCGACGGAGCUUUUGAGCCGACGAGUUCGACGAAUUCCGCGCGGGUCGUACUCGACGCGUCGCAGCUGGCGUAUUUAAAAGUCACUGAACGAGAAGAUAACGAUGAUGAUGAAAAAGAAGAAAGAAGCACAAAAGGAAACCACUACUCGUGUUCGCUUUCGAGCGCGCGGCCUUUGAAGUUUGGUCUUUCUCUGCUUUCCUCUUCCUCUUCGUCAUCUUUGGCGGAUAAAGAAGCGGAGGAUUUGAUGACGUUCAAAAUCGUUUCGCUCCGCGAUGGAGUCGCCGUCUUCUCCGCGUCUCUUCCCUCUUUGUCAUCACCGCAUCCUCUGUUCAACGGCAUUCGCGCGUACGAAACGAACACGGAUUUCAAAACCAGAAGCGACGACGACGAAACGUACUUCGCGAAAGACGGCGUCAAAUUUUCAUGGCGCGACGUUUUAUACGACAUCACGAAAGGCGAAGAAGAGGACGGCGAACGACUUUCAGAUGAUACGGACGACGACGACGUGAACGCCUCGCUCAUCACCGCCACUGGAGACGGUCGUCGAACUCUCGCGUUCGCUCUUCCGUCGCACCCGUCCGUAUUAGUUUUCUAUCGCUGGCAAGGAGGCAUGUCUGAACUCGAGAGAAACAGAGCGCUGAUGCGUCGGCAACAACGCAAGAACGCGCAACAUUCGGCCAGCUCUUUUACGACGGUUUUCGACGCGUUCACGCGCUUAUUGGAAUCGAAAAUAACCCCAGCUCUUCUCGUCGGGGUCGUUUCGUAUUACACGUUUUUCGUCAAGAACAAAGACGCCGCGGUGAAACUCAACGAAAGAGCUCGAAUAGAUUACGCGAAUAUGAUGCACACCGCGCGCGAACAGCAGCAACAACAGCAGCAGUACCAACAAAACGGGAGGGAUUCUCCUCAGUUCAAACGACGAGACUCGAGGAAAUUGUACCGCGAAUUCGAUCCGAAAAAGUUCAGGAAAGAGGUUUUAGUCCCUAAAGAACAGAUGAAGAUGAAAAUGAGGAGUAAACAGAUGAAAACAGAUGAUGAGAACGCUCCCGCCGGAGCUCGAAACGAGUAG